AUGGAGCCUCCUAGAUCUUCAGGGCCAUCUCUCUCGGAAACUUCCACCGUUAACUCGUUCUCGAACGGCCUCAGCGCCAAACAACAUGAAGAUGACAACUAUGAUCUUGUAUUGGAUCUGAGUCUUUCCGGCAAAGACGAUUCGAACACUGUUCAAGACUCGAAACAAACCGAACUCAAUCUCAUCGACUGUUUCAAGAUCGUCGAUCCGUGUGAUGAUCGGGUUUCGCCGGAGACUCCGAAUCAACAAGGUAACGAAACUGAUCAGCCUAGAGUGUUUUCAUGUAACUAUUGCCAAAGGAAGUUCUUUAGCUCACAGGCCUUGGGUGGGCACCAAAAUGCACAUAAACGAGAAAGGACAGUAGCCAAACGAGGGCAGCAAAGGAUCGGUGCCGGUGCGGCGGCAUCUUUCGCGACAUUCGGUCGAUAUUCGAACGUGGCUUCGCUUCUGUUGCAAGGCUCAUUCAAUAAGUCACUUGGGAUUAAACUCCACUCUAUGAUACACAAGCCAUCUUUUCUACCUUCACCACAUGUUUAUGGGCACAACGAAUGGUCUCGACGGCCGAUUCAUCAAACACCGGCUACCAUACAUCUUUCGAUGGAGAAUUUUGCCGCUGCCGGAUCAUCAGUGAGUAACGAUACGGCUUCUAGGUUCGAAAGUAGUGUUCGGAAGUUCAGUCCGUCGACGGAGGGGAAGAGUAGGUAUUGGUGGGAUAGUAGUGUUAACCCUUUCAACACUAAUCAAGAUGAGUUGAAACUCGACUUGUCUUUGAAGCUCUAA